UUCUGGGCGGGAUGACCUCAUUACACAGGUACCAGUUUCCACAAUUGAUAACGACGCAGCCACUACAACAGCGCCUGUAGGCCGGUUCGCUAUAGCGGCGCUACAGUGGCACGUUGACAACGAUUGGCGCUGUAGGGCCCGCUUGAAGGUGGGCGCCCGAUUCCACUAGCCUGGCGUGCCGUCGUGUGCCGACACCGGCUUAACAGCUGGACGGCUCAAAGCUGUGGACCCCUAGCAGCAAAUGCUGGGGGCAUGAAAUUCCACUCAACAGCCACUGACUCUGGUUCCAUCACCGCCAGCAAACGCAAUUGAGGGACGUUGGCUGCUGCAAAGGGGCCAAUUUCAUACGGCCUUGACAAUGCAGCACUUUGUACGGCCAGCAUCCCGGGUCGUCCGCGGCCAUACAGCCAGGCUGGGCCUGGAACGAGGGUCUUUCUUAACGCGGUCAACAUCAUCGCCAACCCCGAUACACGCACUCUAUAGCUCAAAAACAUACAUAUCCGCACGAAAUUACUCCUCUCAAUCUCCUCCAAAUCCCAAUGAUACCACAACGACACCAUCCGAGGCCAAUACGUCGACCCCAGCAGACACCAAAUCAGCCGUGUCGACGGGCAAGCUUCCCUCAACCAUGGAGAAGCAGCGCAGCGCCAUCAAUCGGAAAUUCAGCAGUGUCAUGGACAAUGUCCAAGCCCGCGUGCUAACCGCUUCGCAAACGCUCAACGAUAUCACGGGAUACACAUCGAUCGAUGCCAUCAAAGCCGAAAAUGAAGGCCUGGAAAAGGCCCUAGCCGACGCCCAAGAGCGUGUCCGGGUUGCCCGGCAAACUUACAAGUCCUCCAACUCCAAACGAGCGGCCACUCAGCGCGAGGUCACCACACUACUAGCCCGUAAAGAUACCUGGUCACCCGUUGAUCUUGAGCGUUUCACCGAGCUCUACCGCACCGACCACGUGCUUGAGGGCGAGGUGGUUGCAGCGCAGGAGAACCUGACCGAAUCGGAGGCCGAUGAGCAAAGCCUCAAUCAGCGUCUCAACGCAGGCAUCUUGAAGCGAUACCAUGAAGAGCAGAUCUGGAGUGACCGGAUUCGCCGCGCAAGUACAUGGGGCACGUGGGGCCUCAUGGGCAUGAACUUUGUGCUCUUUGUGAUCCUGCAGUUCUUUGCCGAGCCUUGGAGACGAAGAAGACUGGUCAAGGGCGUGGUUGAGCAGGAGAAGCAGGUCCUGGCGGGUGUCCGUGGCGAUAUGGAGGCCCUCAAGACCCGGCUGGAGGAGAAGCUCGACAGCCUGGCAGCACUGUCGGCCAAGACCGAGCAGGCUGUGCCAGGCGACGCGGAAGCUGUGAGAGCCACAACAACAUGGCAACAGUGGCUGCGUGAUCCAAAACUGUGGCAAGAGACUGCUACGGAUCUUUGCAGCGAACGUAAAGUGAAUAUGACGAUGCGGGAUGCGUCAGUCCUGGCUGCGGAGGGAGCCGCCGCGGGUGCGGCGCUAACAGCAGCAAUUGUGCUGUUAGUUUUGCGGUCAUGAUGGAGGGAGGCCGCCUGUUUAUAAAUGUAUACUAUAAUGAGACUUAUUUACUAUGUACUACUACUUUUUUCCCCGUUGUUUUACAUUGCAUCAUCUGCUUUGGGCAGCAAGAUUCGCGAGUGACUGCGCCCCUGGAUCGCCAUGUCCGUGGGAGUGGCGCAAAUCAGUCCUCAACAAAGUUGUGCUUGCUGUUGGGAGGGUAAUUGGAUCACGGUUAUAAUGCCGUGUUCGUUUUCGGGAUAUUUAGAGUGUUCAAUCUAUCAUAGUAAAGUUUCUCUGGAAAUCGGUUAUCGGCUUUAGCGAGGUUGUUUGUUUGCCCAUCACGUGGAGUGUUUCUCCAUCUGACGGGGAAUACGGGCCGAUGGUACGUCAUAGUUCGUGAAACUAGAGGCCGCCCGUUGCAAAGAGGGGCGGCUUCUCUCGCUGUCGGUAUUGGCGGGAAGCUUUGCGAGGGCUUGCGAGCCUUUUGUUGGCUAUGGAAACGAGUUUCCAUAUUGCAUCUGGACAAAAGCCGAUGUUGGCUGAAGCAGCUGUGUGUGCUACGAGGUGGUGGAGCGGAAGGAUUCGGCUGUAGGGAGCGAUCUGCAAGUGAGAUGCGUUUGGAGGCGCUGCAGACGCAGGCUAGGAUUGUUUAUCCUAUUCGUUGGGGGUGCCGUGAGAAUUAUUUUUCUGUUUUUUGGUGCGAAUACCUACCCUAUUAACAACCUUAUACGGUGGAUUAUCUUAUCCGUUAUUGCAUUUUUAUCAAAACUCUGAUCGAGACAGCUUUGGUUAGCCAUGUUGGCUCUUGUAUGUUGGCAAUUGACGCUUGGGCGUCGCUGGGGAGCGGGAUGUUGCACCGCUAUACAGCACGGUGAUGGAAUAGCCGAUGACGGCGCAUUGUAAAUGCCAUGUCUUCUGUGUUUUGCAUCUACAUGACAUGUUAUGCUAUAGUAAAUAAGGUGUAAAUCCUAACAGAAUGUUGAUUUCCCCAUCCGCUAGCUACUGUUCAGUGGCUGAUGUUUACCCUACACAAGGCGUCUGAUUCUGCACGCGCAGGCACCAGUCAAUGCAUGGUACGUCACAGCAGGCGGCCAAAGCACUGGUUGCGGGGCGGCACGAUAAAAAAACAAGACACACCAGAAGCGGUGAUAGGAAGUUUACAGAGGAAAGAAUCAAAGCCCGCACAAAGUGUAUAUACGAAUAAAGAUAGUUUAAUGCAUAUUUUAUAAAUGGAUAAAAAUGAAAAUUAUUUUAUUCAUUUUUAAAAUGUCCUCGUGAGCAUCCUAUUCCUCUGCGCAAUACCAACACCUGCUGUUGUCUCAUCACAGCCCACCACUACGAGAAACAGAAACCCCGCCCACCACCGCUAGCACGGGCGGGCGGGGGCGAGGGACACGCUCCCUCCACUAAGGCCACUGCGCCCGCGGUCACUAAACACGCCAGCAAGGAAAAAACACAGCCUAC